AUGCCUUUCCUAGCUGAGGAUCCCUGGAUUAACGGUCAGGCGAGCCCCUUCGAAUUGUCCGAGCUCGACGACUGCGCUGUUGGUAUCGACGCAACCUACUACCUUGGCCAGCUUCUGGAUACCACGCCCGCUCACGAACCGCUCCUCUCUGCCCUUGGCGGCCUGACCGGCAUCAAUACGCACAUUAACCAAAACCUGGAUCUUUGGAAGAAGAACAACAUCAUCCCGUUUUUCAUCUUCGAUGGCCAGUCCAUCACCGGUCAGGAUGAAGUGUCACUCAAGCGGGGCCGCAAUGCCAACGCCAAGACGGACGAGGCAUGGAAUCUCUACUCGCAAUCGUCAGCAGAGCAGGCUGUCAACACUUUCGGUGCCAAUCCCGGCGCAUUCCGUCUCCAGAACCUCUACCCUCUUUUGCAAGCGAUUCUAAACGAGCGCAAACUUCACUUUCUUGUCGCUCCCUACAAUGCGAGCGCCCAGCUCGCAUACUUUCAAAUGAUCGAUUCUGAUCAAGUUGCCGCCGUCAUGGGCUCACAGGAGCUCCUGCUUUACCCAGUUAGGGACUUUGUAAUCCGCAGCAUUGACUUUGACAACAAAACCAUCACUUCCAUCUCAAGGAGGCGCAUUAUACAUACCAUUGGAAGCGGAGAGGCCAUGCUCAUUGAUGCCCUUCUCAUGAGCGGAACCUCGUUCCUGUCCACCUUCCCUCCUCUGCUGGAGCCAUCCAUCUAUCAGCAUCCCUUCACCAUCAUGGACGCCGUCAACAUUUUGCGCACAUCGGAUAAAUCUGUCGCAGCAGCAUGUGCAUCUUUUAAUGACAUACUUGUUGCCCAGGACCCCACCUGGAUCGACAAGUACCGCAGGGCUAGAAUGGCCGUUCAUCACUUUGUCCACAUUACCGAGGCGGGCGAAGUGCGAGUCAACGAUUUCGAUAACCUCACUCAGGACAAUCACGAAUAUCUAGGUCUACAGCUACCCGCCGAGCUGUUCCACUACCUCAACACUGGUCUAAUUGGCCCCAGAAUUCUGAACUGUAUAACACACAGUCGUUAUCUGGUGCAGCCAACACUGGACGGUGCUGCCUCGGACGAGUAUAAGAAGCUGAUAACGUCCAAGCUUGUGCCCAUCCUUGAGCAGUCCCUCGGACUUAUCAUUCCCCGGGUUCAUCGUGGCAUUGGACACAAGGACAUUACGAUGCGUGUAUGGUUCGACCCUAAAUUCUCGCACGAGAUCAACCACCGAGCUUUGCAGCCUGUCCCGUCUCAGGUUGUCGGUAGCUGGGACGUCAAGGAAAAAGACUUGCGUGGGUUUUUCCCGGCCGACUUUGCUGGUCCCGUAUAUCUCGAGGUUCUCGCUCUUGCCAAUACCGACUUUGUCGAAAAGACGAUCAGCCGUGAAAAGCCCAUUCGCGGUAUCGACAGUAUCGACAUGGUCGUUUCAGUUACCAUUUGGCGCUUCCUCCACCUCCGCGGCUAUGUCAAUGAUUCACAUCAGCUAACAAAAUGGGGCAACGCCCUAGCUACCACCUUGUUGGCACUGAAGGACGCCACCGAGACUCGCCCUGAUGCUCCUGCUCUUGAUGAGGCUGCCCUUUUGGCAUUCGAGCUUGUCAAGUUUGGCUCACUGACGGGCAAGUACCAGGACGGCACUCCCGGCCUUCCUCGCAAGGGGAGCGACGCAGACAAGGCUGCUGUGGUUCUCAUCAGCCAAGCCGCCACCCUGCUCAAGCUGCGACAUCAAGUAUUUGGCUAUACUGGUCCCUUAAACAAGAGCUUGCUCAUGUUCCGCUCUCUGUCUUCGGCUGUUCGUGAGGCGGAUCGUGAUCUUAUUGAAGCCAUUGUCGCCUCCAUGUUCAUGUACGGCCAAUGCCAGCGUGAAAGAGACGACCAUCUUGAAAUCAGCCAAAAACUUCCAUUUUUGCAGGAGCCCGACAUCGGCCUCGGUAUUGCCGUGCGCACCUUUUUCGACGACGACGAAGUUAGCGAUAGCAAAGAGACACGAGCUGAUCGUCUGGACAAAUUCCCCAAGACCUUUGUUCCGUAUGCCGAAGCUCUGACCGAGGAUGUUCGCCUUGUCGUUGACUUUGUUAAUGCCAUCAACCAAGGCUUACAGACUCUGGACAGCAAGGAGCUGCCUGCCGAGGACAAGGCCGCUUGGGCCAAGGCUCAGGCUUAUCUCGAGGCCAGACCAUUUUGA